GGCAGAGGUGUGGCCCUGAGUUUGGGCGGGUCUCUGCAGAUUCAGACAGUUGAGAAGGUGGCCCCUGUGACCAGGACAGGGAGGGGGUCGUGUGUUCCACCUUCCUGAGGGGUCCUCCGCCUGGGUGGGGGCCGGAGGGGGGGGAGGCAAGGGCCUAGAGUCCCUGACCCCGCAGGCCCUGACACUGGGGUCUCAGUGGGGAGGGUUGCGGACUAACCACACAACCCCCUCCCCACCCUAGGUGCCCGUGAGGACUGGACACGGGCCCUUCGCGGGCACUGCGUGAUGUCGGCCCAAGAGCUCGUGGCCUGCCUCUGCCGGGAGGGAGACCGGCACCUGGCCCUGGGAGAGCCCCCGUUGGCCACCGCCUUCUACCUGGCGGCCUUCAGCUGCCACGCCCCCUCGGCCCUGCGGAGCGUCCGCGCUGCCCUGGCGGAGGCACCGGGGGCGCCGGUGGUGGCCACGCUCGAGGCCUGGUGCCGGGGCGACGGCCAGAUCCCGCCCGUCCACUGGGACGGUAUGGCGGUUGUGUCCCUCACGGGGACCCUGGCCUCCGCGUUCCUGGCCGCCCUCUGCCCGGACCACCCGGCCACGGUCCUGCACUCCCUGGCCGGCCUGCUGGCACACGGGCACCACGAGGAAGUGGUGCGGCGCUGUGACAGCCUGCUGGAUGCCCACGGCCAGCAAGCCCUGGAGCUACAGCUGACCCGCGCCCUGGCCCGCGUCCUGUCCGGGCUGCAGGCCGACGCGGGCGCGGUCGACUAUCUGCAGGCCUUUGCCUCGAACGCAGACCGGACCGUGGCCUUCGUUCGAACCCACCAGAAGCCCUACCUCCCCGUGCUGAUCGGCACCCUCCAGGACUACAUCUCAGGGCGCCGGGAGGCAGAGGACGGCACCGGCCCGCAGGAGACCGCCUGCCGGGGACUCCUGGCAGCCCUGGACCCCGGGGGCACCUGGAGCCACGCCCUGUCACCGGAAGCCCUGCUGCGCAGCGGCAGGUAUGAGGACUGCCGGGCAGCGUGCAGCCGGGCCCUGGAGUCUGACCUGGUGGGCAGCGGCCCCCAAGGUGAGCGUCUGGCCGCCCUGCUGGUCACCCGCGCGGCCGCGGCCUUAUUCCUGGACGGUGGGGCCCGGGACCUGCUUCGGGACCUGCACGAGGCCUUCCGCCAGAGCCCCUCGGGGGCGCGGAGGCAGUUCGAGGCGGUGCUCUCCGCUGGGGACCGAGAGCGCGUGCGGGCCCGGGCGCAGGAGGCGGCGGAUGUGGGCUUCGUCCACUUCCAGGAGGCCGUGCGGGGCCGCGCUGAGCUCCGCGAAAACUCGGGCCGCGAGCUGCUGGCCCCGGUGACCCGCGCGCUCCGUGUCCUGCUGCGCAUUGCGCCGCCCGGGGAGCGCCCGGCCCUGGGCGCUCGCUUGGCUGAGUGCCUCCUGCUGGCCGGGGACACGGCGGGCUCCCGGACGCUGUGCGAGCGCUGGCUGCGGCCUGCGCGCGCCGGGGACAGAGCGCCCCUGUUGGCGCUGCGGGGCUUCUGCGCGCUGCACGCCGGCGACGCGCGGCGCGCCCGGGAGGACUUCCAGGAGGUGGUGGAGCACGGCCCGCCGCACCUGGGCAGCUGCGUGCGCGCGCUGUGCGGCCGAGGGCUGCUGCGCGUGCUGACGGGUAGCACGUUCCUGGGCGCGCUGGACUAUGUCACCGCCAGCCGGCUGCAACCCGAGGAGGCCUUGCUCGUCGCCAAGGCCUACGUACCCUGGAACCAGCGGGGCCUGCUGCUGACCGUGCUGCGGGAGGAGGGCCGCAAGAUGCUGCAGCGGAGGCCAGACCUGGGACACAGGGGCGCACCGGGCCGCCGGAGGAAGGCCGCCGAGAUGCACAGCCCCGCCGCGCAGGAAGGCGAUGCCCACGGCGUGUACCAGCUGGCCACGCUCCUCACGGAGCUGGACAGGGGAGACGAGGCUUCGGGCCUCCUGGGGGCCGAUGCCCUGUACUGCCUGGGCCGCCUGGACGACGCCCACAAGGCCCUGCUGGUGGCCCUCUCCCAGAGGCCCGGGGCGGCCCCCGUGCUGGCGAGACUGGCCUUGCUGCAACUGAGGAGGGGAUUUUUCCAUGACGCCCACCAGCUGGUGAAGAAGGUGGUCCAGUCCGGGGACACGGCCUGCCUCCAGCCCACCCUGGACGUCUUCAGCCACGAGGACCGGCAGCUGCUGCGGGGUCACUGCCACGCUCGGGCCCUGGCCAUCCUGCGGGCGCGGCCAAGCGGGGCCGAGGGCGCGGCCCACACCAGGGAGGCCAUCGCCUACCUCUCUCUGGCCAUCUUCGCUGCAGGGAGUCAAGCAGUUGAGUCCCUGCUCAUCCGGGCCCACUGUUAUGGGCUCCUGGGCCAGAAGAAGACUGCCAUGUUUGACUUCAAUUCAGUACUGCGGGCUGAGCCGAAGAACGUGCAGGCUCUGUGCGGUCGGGCACUUCUGGCCCUGGCCCUGGACCGGCAGAAGGAGGCCGUGGACGACAUCCUCUUGGCUCUGAAGCUUGAUGCGAGGACAGCGGUCCCUGAGAUCCGCUCUCUGAAGCCAGAGGCCCAGGCCCUCAUCACCCAGGGCCUCUCCUCCCGCUGCCGGGCCCUCCUGAGCCAGGCGUCGGACGCCGGGGCCCCCCUCAGCGACGAGGACGCCCAGGGCCUCAUUGCGGCCGGGGAGGCGCUGGUCGCAAUCGAUGGCGGGCAGCCGGGCUGGUACAUCCUGCUGGCAGACGUGCUCACGGCAGCGGGCAGCUACGAGGAGGCUGGCGCCUGCCUGCAGAAAGCCCCGCAGGCCACCCCCCUGUCGGCGGCGGCCCGGGCCCGGUGGGGCCUGCUCCAGCUCAAGAAGGGAGACGUGCCGGCCGCCGCGCGGGAUCUUCAGUGCCUGGCAGAGGCGGACGCCCAGGAACUCAGCUUCCUGCUGCAACUCCUAGAGGCCUCGGAGCGGCAGAGCCUCACCCAGGCUGCAGCCCGGGAAGCCCACGCCCUCCUGAACUCAGGGCAGCCGGGGCGAGCGCUGGGCUACUGCUCGCUGGCCGUCCUCGCAGGUAGCAGCGAUGCCCGUCACCUGCGCCUGAGGGCCACCUGUCUGGCUGAGCUGCAGGAGUUCGAGCGGGCACUUGGGGACCUGGACUGUGUGCUCCGGGAGGAUGGGAGGGACGGUGGCCUCCCGACGCAGGUGGAGGAUUUGUGCUCCCGGGGACGCCUGCUGCUGAGCCUGGGAGAUGAGGCCAGGGCCACGGGCGCCUUCACCCGGGCCCUCGAGCUGGCGCCCGCGCUGGCCCAGAGCAGCCUGUGGGAGCGGCCAGGCCGGGACCCCACUGCCCAAGUGUUCCUGCAUCGGGGCCAGACCUUGCUGGAGGAGCAGCGCUAUGCAGAGGCCUGGACAGCCGCGGAGAAUGGCCUCCUGGUAGACCCCGAGCACAGUGGCCUGAAGAGGCUGAAGGCAAGGGUCCGGAGGGAGGCCUCCUUGGGCUGCCGGCUCCACUGACCCCGUGCUCUCCGGGCCCGGGGCACGGGUCGCCCUGUCGCCCCCCGCCUGGGGCUCCUGAGCAGCAGGAUACUGUGGGCCUCACCCACGUAGAUCAGACUCAGCUCA